AUGGCUUUGGAAGAUAGUUUUAAACCUAAAGAGGAUACUGGCUUCUGUGCUUGGCUAAGAGAUGAUAUGGGGUUGAGUGUAGAAAAAGUAAAAGAGUUAGAUUAUCCUCGUGAUAUUGAGGAAUUAAGGAAAGGAUAUGCAGAAUAUUUAGAAAAAGAAGUUAAAGUACUUGAUGAACAUAGUAAAAAACUAGGUAAAAAAUAUAUCCUCACCCCUGAAAACUUUCAAAAACUAAUCCAACUUACUUGUAGUGUAGAAGUGGCUCAAGCCUACCAAGCCACAGCCCAAGCUUUACAAGCUACAUCCCAAAACCAAACAGUAAUUCAAGCCUGA